GUGGCAUACACAAUGCGCCGUCCUAAUUGCCCAAGUCUCUGGCUUUGUCGGAACGUUCACAUAAUUUCUCCAGGGUAGGUACCGUGAAAACUGAACAUCAUUCUCGAGUACCCUGCUGUGAGAAACUAUGGCGUCACUCAGCUCCGCCGCAACUGUCUGCGCUGCAGCAUCUUUCGAGCAUGCCGCUGUCAGCAUUGCCGAUAUCCACGGCAAGGUGCCUCGAAGCUUCAGGCAUGAAUUCCACGGACGGCCUGUCGCGAGCGUGCGCCUGACAGGUUCAGGCAGACACAGCAAGUCACUCCCUGGACCAAUCUCCUUCUCCCUCCAACCACACGUCGUCGCGUCCACGUCAUCCUCCUCCACGUCAUCGUCCGCCAUGACUGGCUCUGUCCCCGCAUCCGACGGCGGGGACGCUCCCUUCCGGCAGAUGAGUCCGGAGGAGCACUGGCAGUGGGGCACGCCGCCGCGCCUCAUUGGCAACUGGCACGGCCAAUGGCGGUCGUGGAAGCCGUUCGAAUCGAGGGACGAGAUCCGAUCCAUGAAAUCCGUGCGGAAAUUCUGGGCCACGUCACCCGACCUCAGCACCUUUUCCCAAAUCAACGACUGGUACGACUAUCAGGGGGAAGUUGCCAAGAAGCAGCCGACGGUGGGCGUGCAGUGGGACAUGUCCCUGGCGGAGCACAGCCUGCCAGACGGCUUCUGCCACGUGUUCAACCUCAACGCGCGGCGCUACGACGUCAGCAGGAAGGUGGAUGCCAUCUGGGCGCCUCUGGAGGUGGCGGAUGGGGAGGGAGGAAUCCAGCUGCCUCUGCUGGUCGAGUUCUUCUUCUCCCACACCCCCACAUCUCGCCUCGGCAGUGUGAUAGGCUUCGAGGCAGACGGGGCGUUCAGAGCCUCCGUUGUUGUCGAGGAGUCGCUAGACACCAACGAACGCCGCCCUGCCGACUGGGUCUGGCCCACGUGGGGCCCGGGCGGCGUCUCCACCCGUAUGCCCGACCACCUGCCGCCCGUUCCGGCGCUAGAUGACAAGACGAUGGUGGGAACGCGCACCAUUCUCACUCGCAACCUCAUGGUCCAGGAGAGGGAGAACGUGUCCUGGGCAGAGGAAUGGAGCACCAACAGCGCUGCUGCUGCUGCCGCCAUUGCCGCUUUUGCUGGUGAAGCUGCUGGUGAAGCUGCCUCAGCUGGGGAAACUGCGGAUGGGAGCAGUGCUCGCCCGACUGCAGUGGACGUGGCAGCAGCAGGGGCUGGGUUCAUGGGGCGAGUGCCGGAGGGCGAUGAGGACCGGUACGCGGUGUUUGCUCUGCCGCAGGGGGUGGUGGUGUGCGCGCCCCGCUCGCUGCAGCUCGUGGCGGGCCGGCGGUUUGUGCUGUCGGUGUCGUGGGUGGUGGGAGAGGGGGAGGUGAAAAGGAUCACUGCUACGUGGGGGGCUGACGGGGGCUAUGAGCGGGUGGAGGGGGAGAGGUACACGCGACAGGGGUGAGGGGCCUUGUGUGUUGUCUGUCCAGUGGGUGGUGGGAGAGGGGGAGGUGAAAAGGAUCACUGCUACAUGGGGGGCUGAUGGGAGCUAUGAGCGGGUGGAGGGGGGGAGCAGGUGUGAGGGGCAAUGGUGUGCAAGGGGGUGGGGUGGAGGGACAGGUGUAUAUAGGAGAGUAGGGUGAUGGGGAGCGCAGAGGAUUGCAGAGGAGUGCGGAGGAGUGGCAGAUGGGAACAGCGAGAAAGAGAGUGGGUCAAGGGCAAGCAAACUCCUGGAAGUGUACAUUGGUGAAUGUAACUUGCCGAUGUCAGUGCGUACCAGAAUGUGUCAUUAGCAAGGAAUAGUGUGUAGUUAGUUGCAGUUGCUGUUGCAUGUGCCUUUCAUUCAUGGGCCCUAGAAUUUGUCAUUUGGUAUGGUAUCCUCCUUGUGUGCCAUGUGACAUGUGGUAAGGCCCUCAGAUUCGUUUUAGGCCACACUGAACUUUCAGGGUAGGUACUAGGUACUAGGUACUAGGUACACAAAGGCCUUGUGUGCCAUGUGACACAAGGAGGAUACCUACUUUCAGGGUAGGUACUACUAGGUACUAGGUACACUAGGUAGUACCUAGUACCUACCCAAAGGCACCCUGAACCCCCC